AUGGCUGCUAUCUCCAACAACGAUCUUCUCCAAAAGUACCUCACUCUCGAUCAAAAGAACAAGGUUCAAGUCGAAUAUGUCUGGAUUGAUGCUGUCAACUGUGUUAGAUCCAAGACCAAGACUGUUGAUUUCGUUCCUACCAAGGCUGAAGAGUUGUCUGAAUGGAACUUUGAUGGCUCUUCCACUAACCAAUCUGAAGGUCAUGAUUCUGACAUUUUGAUCAAGCCUGUUGCUCUCUACUCUGAUCCCUUCCGUCGUGGCGACAACAAGUUUGUCAUCUGUGAAACUUACAAUCCCGACGGUACUCCUCACUCCACUAACUACCGUUACAACGCAAAGAAGAUUAUGGAUGCCUAUGCUGACUCCAAGCCUUGGUUCGGUAUUGAACAAGAAUACAGUCUCUUUGAUCCCGAGACUAACAAGCCUUGCGGUUGGCCCAAGCAUGGUUACCCUGAAGCACAAGGUAAAUACUACUGUGGUGUCGGUGCUGGUAAGGUCUUUGGUCGUGAUAUCGUUGAAGCUCAUUACCGCGCUUGUCUCUUUGCCGGUGUCAACAUUUCUGGUGUAAAUAUGGAAGUUGCUCCUGGUCAAUUCGAAUACCAAGUUGGCCCUUGUACUGGUAUUGAUAUGGGUGAUGAGCUUUGGGCUUCUCGCUAUCUCUUGGAACGUGUUGCUGAGGACUUUGGCACCAUUGUCUCUUUCCAUCCCAAGCCUAUCAAGGGUGAUUGGAACGGUGCUGGUUGUCACACCAACUUCUCUACUGAAGAGAUGCGUCAAGAAGGUGGUAUUACUGCUAUUGAGAAGGCCAUCAAGAAGAUGAGUUUGCGUCACUUGGAACACAUUGCCGUCUAUGGUGAAGACAACGAUCAACGUUUGACUGGCAAGCACGAAACUGCCAAUAUGACCGAAUUUUCAUAUGGUGUUGCCAACCGUGGUGCUUCUAUUCGUAUUCCUCGCCAUGUCGGUAAGGAAGGUAAGGGUUAUUUGGAAGAUCGCAGACCUGCUUCCAACAUUGAUCCCUACCGUGUUACUGCUAUCAUCCUCGAAUCCACUUUCCUCCCUGAAAACUAA